AACAUAUGGCGUUACACCGUGGCUCUUAGUGGAUUUGCUUUACUGAUAUCGAUAAUAUUGUCGAUAGUAUUAUUUUUGGAAGUUGAAUUUGCAGCAUGGAUAAUUUUUGUACUCGUUACAUUAUCGCAAGGAAGUCUGUAUGUUAUGUUAAGGCAUGCAUCUGAAAACCUGCCCGGUUCAAAUGAAGAGGAUGACACAACCUACAUCAAAUUUUUGAAAGAACAUCAUAUUAAUAACAGUGUUCUUUAUGAUUUGGUGAUUAUAAGUUUGAUACUAACGAUUUUGGUUGUUGCUGUUUGUUCAUCUAUCGCAAUAUUUUCGAAUGAAGCGAAUGUUUUGUUCAAUGAAGCAAAGAAUUGCUUGAAAAAAAUUCCAAAUCUCUUGACAGUUAUUUUUGCCACUUCGAUUGUACUAAUUGGAUAUCUUUGGUUUUGGAUUUACGUAGUGAUUUGCAUGAUCACAACUCCAGAAAUACAGCCAUUGAAUAGACGUCUGGAAAAAGACACAGCACUUAGCAGAUUUUAUGAUAACAAAUAUAGAGCUCAGGCCAUUUAAGACGAAAACGGGUUGGUCUUGGUAUCCACCCAUAUUGCCAACUUAAUGACAGAAAAGUGGUUUGAAUUUGAAAUUCUGCA